AUGAGCGCAGACGCCGACAUGAUGGACGUGGAUGGCGCGUCCGCCGACGGCGCCAAGUCACGCCCCACCGUGACUGUCGAGAAGCCCAUCCCCUACACUUUCGACCUAGGCAACCUCCUCUGCACCGACGCGAACCCGCUAGCCGACUCUAGCGAAGACACGAUCCGCGACGCUGCCCGCGACUGCGCCCAGGUCCUCAUCAACCAGCUGCUCACCACCUGCGACGUCCGCUCCACCAAGGACGGCGUGCUGCUCGACCUCCCCGCUGCGACCACCCCUCUCCCGCGCGAGAAGCCUGCGCCCAAGCCCAAGGAGCCCACCAGGUGGGAGCUGUUCGCCGCCAAGAAGGGCAUCAAGGACAAGAAGAAGGAGGGAAACCUGGUCUACGACGAGGAGAAGGGCGAAUGGGUGCCCAAGUGGGGCUACAAGGGCAAGAACAAGGAUGCCGACAACGAGUGGCUGGUCGAGGUCGACGAGAAGAAGGAGGCCCGGACUGGCGAGGCUGACAACCCGCGUGCCGCGACCCGCAAGGAGAGGGUGGAGAGGAUCAAGAGGAACGAGAGAAAACAGAGAGCCAACGAGGCGCGGGUGAGGAAGAAGGGCGCGUAG